AAUCAUCCAUGAAAAAUGCAGUCAUUUCUCAACCAGAUGCUGCCGAUAUUGCUUGGAAUUUGUUUUGUGUGGCUAUCGAACAGCACAGCCUUAUCUGAGGUGAACUGGAAGAAUCACUCGCUUAACGACGUUCAUCAUCGCACCAAAGUAAUAACUGCGGUGGACAUCAUAAGCAGUCACAACUAUCCGGUGCAAACGCACACUGUGGUCACCAGGGAUGGCUACAUACUGUCGGUCUUCCGAAUCCCAUCAUCACAGCUAUGUAGACGUAACGGGCCAAAGCCAGUUGUUUUGAUUACCCAUGGCAUGACUGGCUCCGCGGACUCAUGGCUCCUAACUGGACCCCGCAAUGGACUGCCCUUCUUGUUGGCCGAUGCUUGCUACGAUGUGUGGCUGAUAAACUGUCGCGGAACCCGGUACUCCAGGAAGCAUCUCAAAUUCAAGGCCUGGCUGUUGCAGUUUUGGCGUUUUAGCUGGCAUGAAAUCGGAAUGGAGGACUUGCCCGCCACUGUUGACCAUAUCCUGGCCACCACGAAACAGAAAUCCUUGCACUAUGUGGGUCACUCUCAGGGAUGCACAUCCGUGCUAGUCAUGCUCAGCAUGAGACCGGAGUACAAUAAACGGAUCAGGACCACAAACCUACUGGCCCCGCCUGCCUUCAUGAGACAUUCUCUUUCCAUGGGGCAUAAGAUAAUGAAGCCUCUUUUUAGCCUUCUGCCGGACAUUGAGUUGUUGCCCCAUCUCAAGAUGGUGAAUUCCGCGGUAUCAGCCAUAUGCAAAAUUCUUGGCGUGAGGGACGUUUGCACCGCUCUGUAUCUCCUAACCAAUGGACGAGUAUCCCAGCACAUGAACAGGACCCUCAUUCCGAUGUUGAUUGCCACUCAUCCGGCUGGGAUUUCUACCAGGCAGCCGAGACACUUCUUCCAGCUCAAGGACUCCGGGAGAUUCCGACAAUACGACUUUGGAUUCGGAAUGAACUAUCUUAUUUACAGGCAAAACACUCCCCCGGAUUAUCCCCUGCAUUUGGUGCGUCCGCACUCCGCCAUCCACAUCUUCUACAGCGAUGACGAUGGAACCAUCUCUCCGAAGGACGUCCUAGCCCUAGCCAGCAAGUUGCCUUACGCUGUCCCCCAUCACAUCACGGAUGAAACCUGGAACCACAUGGACUUCCUUCUAGCGAACAACAUAAAUGAAUUGAUUAAUAAUCCAGUAAUCCAGAUUAUCGAGACCUUCGAAGCAGAUCUAAAGCAAAAAAUUGGGAAUAUAAAGGGUGAUUUCAGUGUUGAUGCACUUCUAAAUGAAUUUUAAUAAUUGGGGAAACAAUUUUAAAGAGUUUUGAUAGCAUUAGCAAAUUAAAAACGAAAUAAAUAAU